GAGCUGGACCUGAGUACAAAUGAUCUGUGUGAUUCAGGAGUGAAGAAACUCUGUACUGGACUGCAGAGUCCAAACUGUAAACUGGAGAAACUAAGGUUGUAUAACUGCAGUAUUAGAGAGGAAGGUUGUGCUGCUCUGGCUUCAGCUCUGAAGAAAAACCCGUCAUCACACCUGAGAGAGCUGAACCUGAGUAACAAUGAACCAGGAGUCUCAGGAGUGAAGAAGCUGUCUGAUCUACUGGAGGAUCCACACUGUAAACUGGAAAAACUAGAGUUGUAUAAGUGCAGUAUUACAGAGGAAGGUUGUGCUGCUCUGGCUUCAGCUCUGAAGAAAAACCCCUCAUCACACCUGAGAGAGCUGAACCUGAGUAACAAUAAACCAGGACACUCAGGAGUGAAGAAGCUUUCUGAUCUACUGAAAGAUCAACGCUGUACACUGGAAACACUACAGUUGUAUAACUGCAGUAUUACAGAGGAAGGUUGUGCUGCUCUGGCUUCAGCUCUGAAGAAAAACCCCUCACACCUGAGAGAGCUGAACCUGAGCUACAAUAAACCAGGAGACUCAGGAGUGAAGAAGCUCUCUGAUCUACUGGAGGAUCCACACUGUAAACUGGAGAAACUAGAGCUGUAUAACUGCAGUAUUACAGAGGAAGGUUGUGCUGCUCUGGCUUCAGCUCUGAAGAAAAACCCCUCAUCACACCUGAGAGAGCUGAACCUGAACUACAAUAAACCAGGAGACUCAGGAGUGGAGAAGCUCUCUGAUCUACUGAAGGAUCCACACUGUAAACUGGAGACACUACAGUUGUUUAACUGCAGUAUUACAGAGGAAGGUUUUGCUGCUCUGGCUUCAGCUCUGAAGAAAAACCCCUCAUCACACCUGAGAGAGCUGAAUCUGAGUAACAAUGAACCAGGAGACUCAGGAGUGAAGAAGCUCUGUGAACUACUGGAGGAUCCACACUAUAAACUGGAGAUACUAGAGUUGUUUAACUGCAGUAUUACAGAGGAAGGUUGUGCUGCUCUGGCUUCAGCUCUGAAGAAAAACCCCUCAUCACACCUGAGAGAGCUGAACCUGAACUGGAAUAAACCAGGAGACUCAGGAGUGAAGAAGCUCUCUGAUCUACUGGAGUAUCCACUCUGUAAACAAGAGAAGCUUUGAAUCAGAUAUUUCUGAUGUAUCCUGGAGUUUCUCACAGAAAGGAAUGAAGAUCCUUCACAUCCACAUCCAGGAGACACCUGACAAGAUUCUUCCCCAGCGCUGGAUCUUUAGUGAACAAGCUCUCCACAACAACCACACCCUCUACACACCCUGUUUUCCUUAACCACACACACCAACCAGACCCUCUACACACCCUGUUCUUCUUAACCA